UUCCUCCUGGAGUCUGCCUCCCUCCAAUUCCUUCUCCACCCAAAAGUCUUCCUGCAUUUCUUUCCCUUCUUCCCAUGACUUCCCAACCACCCAAUCCACCUCUCGCCCUAGUUUUUUAAUCUUCCCAUCAGCCUCAGCCCGUUUGUCCGCCUUUCUCCAGCCCAGUUUUUUCUCUGUUCCACCCCCACGAAGCCGAAAUAGUGCCAUAUGGGAUCGGGAAAAGCAGGGAGUUAAGGAACCUGGGUUUCUCGUUCCGGUUCUGCCUAUGAUUCUGUGACCUUCAUCAAGCUUCACCUCUCUGACCUCAGUUUCUUGCCUAAUAAAAGAGGUGCCUGGAUUAGAUCUUCUUAAACGUCUUCGACAUAGUUCUUUUUUAAAUUAUAAAGUUUCUUAAUGUUUUGGUGAUAACUAUUACAUAUUUCUUUUGCAAAUUUGUAAACAGUGGGUUUCCAUAUUCAGUGUUAACACUGACUUGUCUUGAUCCUUUUCAGUGUUACUAUAACAAUCCUGAGUUUGCCCUCACUAGGAGAGACUUGGCUUAAGAGUUCCAAUCUCCUAUUUCCCACCUUUCUUUCUCCUAGUUCUUUAUUCCAAUCACAGGGACUUAGAUCAGUUAGUGUUCUUUCUGGUACAGAGGCAUUUUCUUGUUUGUGUGGCUAUCUGAGAUGAACUCUUCCCGAGGUGAUGGGACUUUGUGCCAGAAGGGCAGAGUCCUCUCUUGUUUGGGUUAUUAAAAUAUUGCCUUUUCCCUAAAGCCCUUCCUUCCCCACGUGAUCAUGUGUGAGUUCCUUUAUUUACCCUAGGGCCUUAUGUAAUAUGCAAUAGUAAUGUUUGCUUCCAAUUAUAUAGUUCUUAAUUAUUGGGAGCAAAAAGAACCAAAGGGGCAGGAAAAGAUUACAGAAUAUCUCUUUUAGAAACUGUCACAGCUUAACAUGUUCAAUUUUAUUUAAAGUUAAGAAAAAAGAAAUUAAACUUUCCGAAACUUAGUAACAUCUGGGAUUUAUUUUUUUACUUUGCUUUAAUGCAGUUGCUUUCAUUCCAGCCUUCUAGUUUUAGUUUGGUUUGUUGUUCAAUUCAUUGCUUGCUCUUUUACAUUUUGUAAGAAAACAUUUGAUUUUGUUAAACAUGUAAAUUAGUGGCAUAAAGUAAUAAUAAUAGGUAAGGCAAGGCCACAAGCAUUUAUUAAAUAGCCCCUACUCUGUAUCAAGCAUUGUGUUAAGCUGGUAUUUAUAGAACGUUUGAGUUUACAAACACAUGCAAGUCCUAUUGCACUGCUUAAGUAACUGGGUUCUUGAAGGCUUAGUCAACAAAGCACAAUCUCUUGACAGCCUCUGCCAGGAAAGGGUUGGAGGAGAGUCCCAGCAACAGAUUAUGUCAGCUUUCUGGCACAGUUCAGCCACUCAAGAGACUCAAUUCAUCCCCAGAAGGCUGACUCCUUGAUGAGAAGUUCUUUGGCCAUAGUAGCCUGUAAACAUAAGAAUCCAAAAUGGUGCUUAGUUUUCAUAUUUAGAAUGGCAGAGAAAGGGGGAAGAGGGGAGAAGAAUCUUAAGAAUUACAGAGUUUUUAAGAAUUACGUAGAGGUUUUAACAGUUGAUAUUUUAAAUGAGGGGAAAUCCUUAUUUAGUGACUAGAAAUGAAACAUGUCAAUCUUGACAUUCUUCAAAAUGAAAUCAGAAAACAAAAGGAACUUGUAUUUAAAUAGAAGAAUGGCUUUCAUUGGAGAAAUAAAUGAAGGAAUUGAUGGAGUUGGUUUUAGUGUACAUCCAAAGACGGCAACAACAAAAAACAUCAUUUCAUGGAAUAUUUGUCAUCUACUAUCUCAGUAUUCAUGAUAAACAUUUGCAAGAGGUCUUCAUGAAGAUAACUCCAGCUUAUGCACCAACAUCUAUUGAAGGAGCUGAGAAGCGAGAAGAGGACCAGAGAUUAAUUUAUUCAGGAAAGCUGCUGUUAGAUCACCUUUAUCUCAGAGAUAUACUACCUAAGCAUGAAAAACGGCAUGUCCUUCAUUUGGUUUGCAGUAUAAGAAAUCCUUCAAAAAUGCCAGAAAAGAUUUCUGAAUCUAGUGAGCAGCCUACUGGACUAAAUCAAGACCAACAUUCUUCUGUGGAUUCCUUAAGUAGUGGAUUAAGGCAAAGGGAUGUUCUUCAUAAUCCUUCUUCACUUGCAUGGGAAAAUAAUUCAAGAAUGGAAGCAAUUCAACAGACCUUCCAAGGUGUGAGUCCUGGCUUUUCAGGCUAUACUACCUAUGGCUGGCUACAGCUCUCCUGGUUCCAACAGAUUUAUGCCAGGCAAUAUUACAUGCAAUAUUUAGCAGCUACUGCUGCUUCAGGGGCCUUUACAUCAUCACCAAGUGCACAAGAAAUUCCUGUAGUCUCCACACCAACUCCAGCACCUAUUCACAAUCAGUUUCCUGCUGAAAACCAGCCUGGCAAUCAGAAUGCUGCUGCUCAAGUGGUCGUUAAUCCAGGAGCCAAUCAGAAUUUGCGGAUGAAUGCACAAGGUGGUCCUCUUGUAGAAGAGGAUGAUGAGAUGAAUCGUGACUGGUUGGAUUGGAUCUAUUCAGCAACCACAUUCUCGGUCUUCCUUAGCAUCCUCUAUUUCUACUCCUCUCUGAGCCGAUUCCUCAUGGUUAUGGGUGCCACACUUGUUAUGUACCUGCAUCACGUUGGGUGGUUUCCAUUUAGACAAAGACCAGCUCCACAAAUUCCAAAUAAUAUGCCUCCUCGAGUACCUAUUAAUCAAGAUCCGAACAAUAAUUUACAGGAGGAAAAUGCUGAUGGUGAUGGAGAACCUGGAUUAGUUCCUCCCCAGCAGGAUUUAUUGGAAGGUCAACAAGGCAGCCCUUCAAUUAUGAGCACUGCAUGGCUUGUCUUCAAAACAUUCUUUGCCUCUCUCCUGCCAGAAGGCCCCCCAGCAGUAGUGAACUAACCAGUUCGAUUGCCUAGCUGUUAGAUAGUUUUCCAAGUGUGGACUGACUGGGUCGUGUAACUCCAACUUAACGACUUACUUGUCUUCUCAACUGGACAGGGCUAUGACUCCGAAUAAUUAAAAGAACCAGCAGGGAUGUUCUUUUGUGACCAAGCAAAUACAAAAAAGCAGGAUCCCGAAUCCAUGUUACGAGUUUAUGGACUUCAUGAAGUACAUCGUGCUUACUAUGUCUUUAUUCCAAAGAGCUUAAUAUAUGCUGAAUUUAGUUUAAUAAGCAUUUUAAGUAGAAGGCAUUAGUGUUGCACUGUUUUGCCUGAAGAGCACUUAAGGUUGUGUGUUUGCAUGUGUUUGUACAUAGAUGUAAUAGGAGCAGAAUGCUUGGUUCUGCCCAUGUGAUUUGAUUCCUGUUGGAAUGUUUUAAAUGUGGUUUAAAUUACACUAAGUGUAGUACUUUGUAUAAUCAAUGAAAUUGCUAGACAUGUUUUAGCAAGAUUUUUCUAGGGAAGAUAUAUGUCUAAAUUGCUUUUUUAAAUGCAGUGCUUUAUUUUAAACCAAGGGAAAAUUUGUAGAGGUGGAAACCUUUGCUGGGUUUUCUGUACAAUAAAGUUUUCCUACAAAUGAGGUUA